UGUAAAAGAUAUCAGUGGGACUUUGCUUACUCACUGUUGGGUGGGAGCUUAAUGUUAAACGUUAAAGACAGCUUGUGGUUAAAAAUGCCCAUGCUGCUGCUUAGUAAAUGGCAUGUUUCAGCAAAGAUAAGAUUCGCUUGCACUAGUAUGUCAAGGAGCGCACCACAACCAGGUGUAUGUCUUAAUUUACUGUUAGUGUGUCAGCUGGAGUUUAGGGCGGCAACACACCCAAAAUACAUGAAACAAAUAUUGUAUUGUGAGAAAACAUUGGAUAAAUUCUUGAUUUUUCAACAGUGUUUACUAAACAUAAGGGUAUAAUUUAAAUGGUCUCUAGUAAUAUUGUGUAUACUUAAAAUCUGGAGGAGUGCCGUUAUAGGGGAGAAAGGCCCUGUUAAUUAGCUGAUGUCACUGAAAAGCCAUUUUGUUUCCCUCUGCAGUUUAGUAGGUUUACUAUUAGAGGAGGCUGUUGCAUGUUGGCUUGGAGCCACUGUGAUUUCCAGAUGUAGCCGUGCAAACACGUGGCACCAUGCCUGGGGAUUACUGUUCACAGCGCUCUAAAUACGGAUCUGUGUUUUCUACAGUAAAAUGGUAAGCCAAGGGAUGGGGUGGAUAGAAUAUCCACACUCAGUGAAAGUUGUUGGUAGUUUGACGAAUGACUGCGAGGGCAGCUAUGCUGAGGGGAUUAGUGAACCACUACAAUCUCUUCAGUCUAAUGGAUAAACACAAACACCACUGCCAUUUCUCAUCGGUCUAAUGAAGGGUCAGUUUUCCUACUCAAAAAUAGAAUCCUUAAAUUGUUGAACAUGUGUGAAUGCUGUAACAAUGGAGUAGAUAUAUAAUAAAAGGUAACCGUUGCUCUUCAGGCAGAGACCUAAAGCAACAGAUGUGUUGUCAGCAUUCUAAUAUUGGGAGGAGGGGUAAAGGGGGAUUAAAUCAAAACACUGCUCUAGAGAUUUGCCAGCGCUUUAGCUUUGAUGGAAAGGGUUGCAGGGAGCCUGCUAGACAGAGUCUGCAGCAUACAGAAGAAAUGAUGGGCAUGUGAGGGCUGCAACAGGCCAAAGGGGAAGCAGCAACAAAUACACUUUGAACCAGAAGUUGCUCCAAAGCUCAUUCGGUAUAGAGGGAAUUAAAGGAGCUUAUCACAAGCUGACAUGAGGUUGGCCAGUGUCGGGGUCCGGGCCCGGAGGGCUGCAGAGCCGUCUGAACCAGAGCCAGAGGAAGCAACAGAGCCCGUUCACCAUGAGCACUCCCAUACGGAACAUCAUGAGCACUCGCAUACAGAACACCAUGAGCACUCCCACACAGAACAUCACCCUGGCCAUGACUACAACCACAUGAAGGAGAAGUUCAUGAAUGAACUUGGUCAUCUGCCAAUUCCCAUGUGGGCAGUUGGAGCCAUUGUCGUGGUGGUCCUGGUUUUGGUGGCGUGUUGCAUCUUCUGUCUUUUCAAAAAAUGCUUUGGGAAAAAGAAAAAGCCAAAGAAAGUGAGGGAGAGGAAGACAGGUCGCCGCCGAAAGGAAAAGGAAGGUGAAGGAGAGGCUGGAGAGAAGGAGGGUGAGGUGAAGAAGGAAGGGGAGCAACAGGAGAAAGAACAGGAAAAUGUGGGUAAGCUGGAGUUCUCGUUGGACUACAACUUCACUGAUACCCAGCUUAUAGUGGGUAUCAUUCAGGCUCAGGACCUUGCUGCUAUGGACAUGGGGGGAACCUCAGACCCCUAUGUCAAAGUCUUUUUGUUGCCAGACAAAAAGAAGAAGUACGAGACCAAAGUUCAGCGCAAGAAUUUAUGCCCUGUUUUCAACGAGACUUUCAUCUUCAAGAUCCCAUACGCAGAGUUGGGAGGAAAGACUUUGGUGCUGCAAGUUUAUGACUUUGAUCGUUUCUCCAAGCAUGAUAUGAUUGGUGAGAUAAAGAUUCCUAUGAACAGUGUUGACUUGGGCCAGCCACUGCAACAAUGGAAAGACUUGGAGAGUGGUGAGAAGGAAGAGCAAGAAAAACUGGGCGAUAUUUGCAUUUCUUUACGGUAUGUACCCACUGCUGGAAAACUGACAGUGAACAUCAUGGAGGCAAAGAAUCUAAAGAAAAUGGAUGUUGGUGGCUUAUCAGAUCCGUAUGUGAAGAUCGUUCUGCAGCAAAAUGGGAAACGGAUUAAGAAGAAAAAGACGACAGUCAAAAAAAACACGCUCAAUCCUUACUUUAAUGAGAGUUUCAGCUUCGAAGUCCCGUUUGAACAGAUACAGAAAGUGCAGGUCGUCAUCACAGUGUUUGACUACGAUAAACUUGGGAGCAAUGACCCCAUUGGAAAGACCUUCAUGGGUUAUGGAGCUACAGGAGUUGGCCUGCGCCACUGGUCAGAUAUGCUUGCCAAUCCCAGGCGUCCAGUAGCCCAGUGGCACACUCUGCUGCCAGAAGAAGAAGUCGACGCGGCACUCAAAGCUAAACCUCGUUAG